UGGUAGAGAGAGCACCGAAGGUGAAUAGCACACGUUUAUAGCUUCGCGUCCGGCUAUUUGUGUUCUCUCUCAGUCUUCGAGUUUAUGGCUUUGAUUAAAAACUCCUAUACCGUUCGACAGGUUGCUGUGUCAAAUCAGAAAGCUUGCUUUAUUUGUUAUCGACCGAGCAGCACCGUAUUGGUAGAAGAGGCAAAACGUGAUUUUUUCUAUGUGUGUCGUAGUCAUUUACGGGACCCGGGAUUUGCAACACCCAAUAAGGGAAACACUUUGCAAACAAAAGACACGGAACCGCAGAAGAAAAAACCAUCAACGGAAGAAAAUGCCACCGAAGAGUCGAGCGAAGACGCUUUGAAGGACAAAACGGAUGAUAAGAACAAUAAGCCCAAGGAAUCUAGCGAGAACUCCAAGCAGUCUGAGAAUAACGUUGAUGCUUUCAAAGGCAGUAACGCAGUGCCGGAGCGUACGAAAUCGGAACAGAAUCUUAAUGGCACAAUGUACGGAUCUUAUAUGCUUCAUAAAGAUAUCUAUGCACUGCGAGAGCGUGCGGUAUUGAAUGCCUUCCGUCACCGGCAGACCAUGAAGUUGCUUACGGAGAACGGAGGACUACCCAGCGUGCCCAAGAAACAGUUGCAUUAAUGAAACAGCAAUCCAAGCAUGGAAUAUUGUUAGGUUCCGUUAACCCCUUUCUACGGUCUACGAAACGUUUUCAUAUACAGGGAAUAAAGUCAUGACAUGAGUGAUGAUAAGUAGACAGGGGAGGAUACAAAUGUGAAUGUGUAAGACAAGAGCAUGCACCCAGAAUUCAGUGCAAGACGUAAAUACUGUCUAUUUUGACGAAUGAAGCGAACACUCUACUGCAUGCUCACAUCUUCAACUUCGUCCUCACCUUCAAUAGAGCGUUGAGCAUAAGCCUCUGCCUCUGCCAAGAGAUCAUCGGGGACGGGAACAUGCAUACCAUUUGUCUCUGCACCCACCCAAGUCAUUUCAAUUUCAUGCUGUUUGUUCGUUUCUUCAUCUCUGGUUGUGUAGAGGCUGUAAAAGUUAGCGACAGUUUCUUCACAAAAAUACUAAAAGCAUUGGUCUCCUGGUUCGGAACAUACAUUUUUGCUGCCUCUUUCACCGCGUCUUUCAUGGAAAUGUUUUUAAAGUCGAGUUUUUCGAGCUCGUUGCGGGCGACUUGACGUCCCUUGCCAGCAGCAGCACCAUUGUAGCCCCAGUAUACACCAUUAGGCUCAAUCAUGUACAGAUGAGGGCCCUGCUUAUCGUACGUAGACAGAAAAGACAUGACACCAAAGGGACGAACGCUGGAGUAGCAUGUGAAGACUUGAACAUAGUUACCCAGUCUGUCAGCCAGCGUGUCGCCCAAAAUAGGAGAACGGUAGUUGUCACGCCAAUUCAUUGCCUCUUCCCGAGCACGAUUCACAAGGUGUUGGCCAUCGGGAAUGAAUCCAGUGGCAGCAAGACCAACAUGACGGUCGACGGUUGCAAUUCUUUUAUUCGCCUUGGGUUUAAGUAGUUUGCUAGUAACAACAGAGUCGAGAGCAAGAAUAACACCGUCUUUACAUUUUAUACCAAUGCAAG